CCUCAAGGUUACUUAUGUUGCGGCUUCGACUAACUCAUUAUUCGCGUUGCUCAUACUUCACAAGUUCUUUCAGUUAUAUUAGCAAAGAACUGUUCCAUCCUGAUCAUUUGCACGUAAAAGCAAUAACAAAUCUACUUAUUGGUGUUCAUGAUAAUCUAGGAUUGCCAUGGGGACUGACAAUCGCAACCACUGCUAUCAUAGUACGAACAGUUGUAGCCGUUCCAUUGUACAUCUACGCUGAGAAGAACCAAGCUAAAGUUUCACAUAUUGCCAUUGAAUGUCAACAAAACCGACAGAUGAUGCAGGCGAAACUUAGUAAUUCCGAGUGUUAUCUUAAUUUGAGUAAUAAGAAAAAAUUAGUGCUUGAAAAUCAACUGUUCAGACGUGUCUUCAUUAAAACAUGCGAAAAAAAUGGAUGUCACCCAUUGAAAUCGUCAGUUACAGGGAUAAUCCAAAUCCCAUUGUGGCUCACAUUCACAUUCUCCAUCAGAUACUUGAGUGGAUUCCAACUGUAUCCGCAAUCCGAUUCCAAUAAUUUGAUUGCCGAUCCGUCUCUCAACGUUCCGUGCUCAAGUUUCCUGCUUCCCUCCAUAUGUACGUUAGCCGGAUUGGCAAAUGUAGAACUGGCAUGUUUAAGACGACCUCUGUUCUUCAAUCCGAAAUCUAAUUCUGUAAUACCAGAUCCUCUACCUUAUAAUGCUGUGCGGUUUGUUGGUUGGGUUGGAAAUCUCGCUCUUUUCGCGUGUUGCAGCUUUUUUCCAAAAGUAGGUUAGUUACAUUAUGUGUUAAUAUCAUAGGCAUUUGUGAUUUAUUGGUGUACAUCUUCAAUUCACCAACUAUGUGUACAUCUUUUGAUAAUGCACCCUUGUUUACGAAGACUGCUUGGUUUAUGGACCAUACCCCAUGAAGGACAUCAUCCGUAUAAAGUUCUACUUAACUCGAUGUAUCAUCGCUAUAACAUAUUAAAAUUGUUACAAAAUAAAAAGUCAUAAGUAACGAUUAA